AUGAGUUCGGGACGCUCGGUGGAGCUGGCGGAGUGCAUUUUGGAAUUCAACAACCAUAUCCAGUCGUAUUUUAUUAGCAGUACCUACGGAAACGAGACGCUCGUUAAUCGAUGCUUGGAGAAACUGUUAUCCGAUGGGGCCGACGGCUGGACUUUUGAUGUAAAUGCAUACGAGGUUAACGUUUUCUUCGUCAAUCUGCACAAGCUGCUCAGCCAUAGCAUGAAGAAAAGCAACCUGCUGUGGUCAGUAAUCGGAGUUCUGGAGGUGGCCGUAGCCGAAGAAGAAACGCGAUUGGCUCUCGUAAACAGCUUUCGCUUCCUACCACUCGUUUCGGGCCUGCUGCUGGAGGUGAACACACCCGAGCAACAGAAGCGUGUGCUCUCCCUGCUACACAUUCUUUCCUACGGUGCCACGGCCGACGGACACGAGAUCUACAUCGAGAUGCUCGUUCAGAAGCUGCUCGGCCUGAUUGUCCAGAAUCGGGAAAAACCGAAACGGGGCGAAAUCGAACAGCUAGCACUGUCGAUUCUGGUGAACCUGUGUCAGCAGGACAUCUCGAAUACGUUCGUGCUCAUGCGAAACACCCCGAUCUCGGAGUUUUGCCAGCGGAUUCAAGACUUUGGACUGCUCGCCUGCAAGAUGUAUACCGUGCUCGAGCAAAACGAUCACAUCAAGGAGAUGGAUCUGCACUAUCUGCUGCGGAUGAGCUUCGGAGAGGUACGUUUGAUAUUGGCCUCGAAGAACAGCUUCAGUUUGCGACAUGUCGUCGACUUUUUGCGCUACGUGAAAACGCUACGCGACACACAGAACAGUGAACCGGUGAGAGUGGCAUUGACUGAUGAGAACUUCACCAAAGACGUGCUAGCGUUUCUGCAAGAUAUCGAGACGUACUGGAGUGAGCAGGAGAAGGAAGCGGAAACGAAUAGCCCCGGUGGGCCACCGAAGCGAUGCAAAACGAACGCAGCUAAACUGCGCAAAGAUCGUACCACGGACGGGUUGUUUGAUAUUCUGGAGUGUGUUGUAUCGCUGAAACCGGACGACACGGAACUUUACCGUAAGAUAUGCGCAAUAGGACCAAUACGUCUCAUCAACAACGCACAAGAGGAUUGCUCGAAAGCGAUCACGCUGUUGCGUACGAUCUUAGAGAACCAUCCCACCGAUAUGGGAUUCGCAAAGGAAUGUACGUCGGUACUUAACACACUGAUGGAUACGAUUACAAAUAACAAUGAGGAGCAGCUGGUGGCCACAUUUGCGAGACUGCUGGCCACAAUCGGGCGAAUGCUUAAUGCGACGGAUGACACGAUCGAUGCGGUAGCGGAACGAUUCCAUCGGCACGUUUUCAGUAACAUACUGGGCCAAUCGGGUCAAGUGGCUGCGUUUGAUUACUCCGCCGGCGAUAGGACAGCACGGAAGUAUCUCUGGUCGUUGCAUGCUUUCUACGAACUGUCCAAUAUCUCCCCGACCCUCUGGUAUGCCAAGGUGGUGAAUCUUCUGAAGCAGAAACCAAUACAGUUUCUCAUCGCCAAGGAAUUGACUAGCGGUAGGGAUAUAGAGAUAGUGGAGGCCAUACUACAGAUCACCACGGCAGCCGAUUUCCCGAAGCGCAACGUGGCUCUUAUGAUCCAGAUGCUGAAGAACAGUGGACCGCCGGUCGACGCGCUUGAGCAGCAGGAUCUUUCUUCGACGACGAGGAAUCGUGUCCCUCAAAUUCCUCCUCCCAACGGGUACUCUUUGCUACGUGCGAUGAGUCGCAACCUGGAGAAUCGAAUAAAUCAGGCAGUGGAACGGAUACAGGAUGCGAAAGUGGCGGGAUUGAUCAAUGCGGAAAAAGCGGAACUGGUGGAAUUCUACACCUACAAGAUCAACAUGCAGGCCAGCCUAAUGAAUGAUUUGCGCCACAGCUUGGAAGCGACGACCGGGCAAAUCACAACCCUUAUGCACCAGAACCAGUUGCUGAUGGCGGAAAUUGAGAAGAGUCGAAAGAAGAAUGUACCGCUGCUGUUGAAGGAGUCUGCUUUAGAAAACGAGAACCGGUUGUUGGGACAAGAGUUGGCGGAGAUGAAAUUAGCCGCUGCCUCGUACGAUAAGAAGAUGAAUCAAUUAAAGCAGGAGCAGCGCGAGCUUCAUAAAAAGUACAGCGAAAAGGGUGAGAAGUGUAUUAAACUUGCUAAGGAAGUCGAACAGCUGCGGACGCGAGAUGAUAAGUACGAAAAGGAGAACAAACGCCUCUGUCUAGAGUUAGCCGCAAUGACACAAAAUAGAGACGAGUCGCGAAAACUGCUUAAAGUGUAUGAAGACGAACGACAGCAGCUGAUUGAGCAGCGGGAUGCGGAUCGGAAAACGUACGACUGUAAGCAACGGGAGUUGGAGCGAGAAAUAUCUAAGCUUAAGGAUCUUGUGCAACAACUGGAGGCCACACUCGAGCAACGCGAUGGUACGAUCGUGGCCCUAGACAAGGAUAAAACGGUUUUGCGCGCAAAGUUGAAGGACAGUGAGGAACGCAUCAAGCAAGUUGAGGACGAACUGAAGGAGAACGAAAACAUUAAACAAGCGAUAUAUAGUCUAAUGAACAAGAAUAAGAAAGUAUGAAAGGAUCACUCGGAAAAGGACCAU